GGCGCGAGUUGGCGAGAAAGAAACGUGACUCCGAGAAUUAAAGAAGCAAGGACCUCUUCACUAUAACACUCACGGAAGCUGCCAAAACACUUUUUUGGGGUGGAUCCAUUCAAGACCAUGGGACCCACAAGGAAAACCCUGCAAGUCCUCCAGCCUUCUGCAGUCAAUAACAACCUAGGCAAAGUAAUACCGACAGGAAAGGUUUCCAGAAGGAAAUUGUGGAACGCAGAACAAGUGAAGGGCUCAAAGAGGGUGAAGGCUGAAGUUGCUGUCACAUCACCAAAAGCAGAGAAUGACAAUCGACCCGACGGCAUUACCAAGGAGACCUACGAGCUGAUGGUCAAAGAAACCCCUCCCUCUUCCUACUGGAAAGAGGUAGCUGAGGAGAGACGUAAAGCGCUCUACAACGUGCUCCAGGAGAAUGAGAAGUUGCACAAGGGCAUCGAGGCCAAGGAUGAGCAGAUAGCCCAGCUGAAGACAGAGAAUGAUGAGCUUCAGGAAUUGGUCCAACAUGUACAGCACAUGGCUGACAUGAUAGAGCGGUUAACUGGWAAGAGUCCGGAAAGUCCAGAGGACCUGCGAGAGAUUGUGCUUUGUGCCGAGGACGAUUUUGAGGYACGACAAGAAUCUGAUGAAAAUGGCCCCAGUACCAGCAGUGAUUUCACACCCAGGUCUGUCUUUGAGGAGGAUGUCACAGAAGAUGAGGUCACAGAACAAAAGGAAGAUUAACCCUCGGGGGAGGAUGAUUGACUGAAUGUACUGGUGAAAUCCUUCAGGCGACGCCUGUGCUUCUCACUUAACAGUCUGGCAUUGAUGCCUGUUACUUUAUAUUUUUUCUUUGCUUAACAUCUGAGGUACUUGUGCAAGAUUUUUUACUUUCACCAUACCCUUUUUACAACGUGGCUAUGAAAAGAGGCAGUUCCCUAGUUUAUAUUUUUCUUUGCUUUUGACUUUUUAAAUGGCAUUUGUUAUAGGAUUUUGUUAUAGUGCAGUUUUAAUGCACUCUGUACAUAUGCUUCAGGACUGUCCUAUGACAUAAACACCUUUAUUUUUU